CCACCUCAACCUCCGCCGCCGCUCGCGCCCGGCCAUGGCGGAGGCCUCGGUGGGCAGGCAGAGCCCGAGGGUGGUACCAUACCCAGCCCACAGCCUAUGUCCUGGAGAGCCCGGCCUUCAGAGCGCAGCAGUUGUGUCAAUGGGCUCAGCUGAUCAUCGACUGAACCUAGCAGAGAUCCUCUCACAGAACUAUGGUGUACGGGAAGAAAGGGAAGAAGAAGAUGAUACUCAGGAGAAACAGAAGUCUUUAGAAGAGCUGGAGAAGAGCUUCAGUGCCUCUCAGCUGCUGUUGUUCUCGGUGAUUGUUCCAUGCCUGAUGAAGCUUUGUCCUCCUCUCGCUCAGAGCAGUGAAAUGCCAUUUGAGGAGCUGCUUGCACUUUAUGGCUAUGAGGCAUCCGAUCCCAUUUCAGAGCAGGACAGCGAGAGCAAUGACAUUACUCCAAACCUCCCAGAUAUGACUCUGGAUAAGGAACAAAUAGCGAAGGAUUUGCUUUCAGGGGAAGAAGAGGAGACGCAGUCUUCAGCUGACGAUCUGACUCCAUCCGUCACGUCCCACGAUGCAUCAGACCUAUUCCCAAACCAGCCUGGCUCAAAUAACUUCCUUGCUGAUGAAGACAAAGAGCCCUGUUCAUCUCCAUGUGCUUCCUCCAUGGCUGAGGAAUCGGAGGAGGACUCCAUGCCAUCUAGCGAGUGUAAGAAGGACAUCAGUAUUGGACCUCAGUUCCAAGCCACCGUUCCCGUCCUCCACUUAAACAGGCACAGUGAGAAAGUGCUUUUUCUGUUAGCCUAUGAAAAUGAAGAUCAGCUGCUUUGGGACCCAAACAUCCUACCUGAAAGAGAGGUUGAAGAGUUCCUAUACCGUGCAGUGAAGCGGCGGUGGGACGAGCUGUCUAGCAGCAGCCUGCCAGAAGGAGAGAUGGUGAAAGACAACGAACAGGCUUUGUAUGAGCUGGUUAAAUGCAACUUCAAUGCAGAAGAGGCAUUGCGGAGGUUACGGUUCAAUGUGAAGGUGAUCAGAGAUGAGCUUUGUGCCUGGAGUGAAGAAGAAUGUAGAAAUUUUGAACAUGGCUUCAGGGUCCAUGGGAAAAACUUUCACCUUAUCCAGGCAAACAAGGUCCGCACCCGGUCGGUGGGCGAGUGCGUGGAGUAUUACUACAUGUGGAAAAAGUCCGAGCGCUACGACUACUUCACCCAGCAGACUCGUUUAGGAAGGAAGAAGUACGUCCUCCACCCUGGAGCCACGGAUUACACCGACAACGAUUUGGAUGGGGGUGAGGUAGAAAACGCCAGUCGCUCUCGGAGCUCCCCACCCAUUCCCUCUGCCACCAGCUGCCUGGACUCUCACUUUGGCCAAGACCAGCUAGCAAUUGAGAGCACAGAGCCCCUGAGCGUGGAGAGCACAGCCUGCAGCCUGGGCAGCAUGAGUGAAUCGGGACAGGGCUACGAGUGCAGUACUCCUUCAGAGACGAAUUGUUCCUUUGACCCCGCAGAGGAGACCUCCUCGGGCACCCUCUCUGCUUCCUGCACACGGCAUACUGUCACCCCCUCGGACACGGGGCUCUUUGCUUUGCCACCAGCAGGACCGGGACUGGCAGAGAAGCAGGAGACGUUACAAAGCUCUGGUGAGACGAUAACCAUGGACUUCACUCUCCCUGCAGACAUUAACGAGGGUUUGCCUUUAAUUGCUGGCCCUGUGGAUUUGGACAGAGACCCAGAGGCGGCGGUGGCCCCUGCGCAAGUGUCCUUAUCGGUCACAGAUUUUGGCCUCAUUGGCAUCGGAGAUGUAAAUAGUUUCCUGAGUGCUCAUCAGGCCUGCUCAGCACCCGUGGCUCGGUCAGAGCCUUUGUCACAGUGAGAGUCUUCAGUCACAGACCUGUCACGGACCCAGCAAGGACUUGGACCUGACUGAGUGAAAUCCUGGAACUUCCACUGUUCUGUAGGGACAGUUUGGAGCUCUUGGUCAGAACCCAUCUUUCCAUCCUCCUUGAUCCAAGGCUACAGUGAAACCAAACACAUUUCUUCUCCGGUGUGUUCCGACACAAUCAUGCAAAGCUGGUGGCUGGCUUGAGUGGGGGGGGGGGCCCAUGACCCCCCCCCUAUUUCGUUGACCGUGUGUUACCCCAGGUAAUGCCAGGCUGUUGGGAAAAUCCCUGCCCUCACUACAGGGGAAGUGCCCUCUGGCCCCAGUGGGACAGGCUGAGUGAAGAGAUGUUUUGAGAACAGGGAUGUAUCACGGGCACUUCAGGGCUGGGACAGAGGAUGCAGUCUGGAGGUCCAAGAGCUUAGGAAAUCAGCAUGGAAUGCAGUCUGCUUGGGCUGGAGGGCUGUUUACCAGCAGAGGUGAGCAUGGUGAUGGCAAAGGAAGGUGAGGAGUCCUGGCUGUUCACCCACAUGUAGUGCAUUGCAAUAGAAGCCACUCUCCCCACUCCCCUUCUCGCAGCUAUCCUGCGCUCUGAGCUGUGGGUUGUGGCAGGUGCACACAGGGCUGUUCUCAAGCCUCCUGCAGUUUGCAUUUCCCUCUGCCCAUGCUGCCACCAGCUGCAGGUGCGGUGGUGAAACCUCUUCCAGUCCUUUGGCUGAAGCUUCAGGGCUUGGAAAGGGAUGCUGCCAUGUGCAGUGGUAUGGUGCAUGCUUAAGCCUUUCCCGCCUUCCUUUGCAGAAGAAGGGGAUGGUUAUCUCUGAGUUGAAUCUCACUUUGGACAGUGGCUGGAGCUAGAAUUGAAGUGAAAGCGGAAAAGCAGGAGCUACCACUGAGCAGAAGAUGCCAGUACAGGGCAGCUGCCACCUGCUCUGUCCCCACCAGCUGCCUGCAUCUCCCUGGAGCAGUGACACCAAAUGGGGCACGGAUGCGUGUGCAGCCUGGGAAGGGCGACAGCUCUCAGCCCCUGUGUCUCACUGGAAUCAGAGAAAAUUGCCCACAGCAGCACCAGCCAUCCUCACUGCCACUUUGUCUGAGCCCACCGCGUGCACCCAGUGUAGGGCACCAGUGCUAGCACUGAGACCCAGCAGGAGAGCACGCGGCUUUGGGCAUUCCUGUCCCUUUCCGCCCACCUCUGUUCUAAAACAUCACCCCAAAUUCUCUUUUAUGAGACAAAGGGAUGUCUGUACUGCCACUAGCCUUCUGAGGAGGUGAUGGGGUGGGCAGGUGGUGGCCGGGAGCUGUGCUGGCUGAUCGCUGUCCCAAAUGCGUGCCAGGUUUAGGGUUUGUCACUGGCUUAAAUCCACGUGUUCUCAUUCCCUUCUUCUGUGUAGGGAAUGCUGUCUGCUGACUUGCUAGGCAGGGCUCUGGUGCAGAUGUUCCCUUCCUCUUCCUCCAGGCAUAUUCUGUGUUUGAGAAGGGGUUUGGGUUAAGAUUUUUUUGCUUAUUUUGGUAGAAGCCUUCAGGCUGUGAUCCUGCAGUUGCUUCUGCUGCCAGUGGAUUUGGAAGAUGACUAAAACUAUUAGCCUGGAUCCUCCUUUUUACCUGGCCUGGUGAGGUUGCACUCCUGCGGAGGGAGCAUGGAGACAGCGCCAGACAGCUUCAAGGGAUGGCUGAGGAUCAGACCUCGUCUCUCACCUUCUGAGCCCCAGACCUGUUCCCCUGUGGCGGCAGGGGGUUGUUUCAGUCCCAGCCAGCACCGAGCUGUGCCAAGAUCCUGACACAAUGCUCUUGUGACCGGGCAUUGCUCUGCAAACCAGAUAUGGUAAAACGGAGGUCUCUGGCUGCACCCGGCUGCUGGAAAUGGAAAGCAAAGCCAAGUGCCAGCUCCAUAGUGGAACUUCCCAGGCUCUGAUUCCCCCCUUUCUGGGGGAGAGAGGAAGCUCCUUGGCUGGAAGGAGAGGAGGGGGCAGGGCAAGAGCAGCUGCAGCCCUGCUGGGGUUGGGGGGGGGGCAGGCCAUGGCUUCUCCUCUCCAUCAGCCAAGAGGGUUUUUAGUUUUUUCCUGAAACUAUUUUUUCUUUGGUUUGUUUCAAGCCCCGAUGAAUGGAGAGGGGAGGCUGGAGGAGGCAGAAGUGUCUCUUAUUUAUAUUAUUCAGUGUUGUUUACAGAUUCGCAUGGGGUCUUUUCAACAUGUCAACAUGAGUGCGGCGCUUUUUUCCACAUCACUUUAAGGGAGAGGGGUGGAGAGGGCUGGGACGGGGAGGGGAGUCACAGGGGGAGGAGGUUUGGUUUUGUUGGGGUUUUCUUUUUCCUUCUUACAAAGCACAUUCACUUGGAGAUGCUCCCAAUGCUGGGCUCUUCCCCCUCCCACCCUCACGCCCUACACUGUGAAGUGAUACUGCCUUGAAGGCCCCUCGCCGUUAUUUAUUUAAUUAAAAACCUAAUUUGAAAGUGA